CCCUCUAGCGAGCACUGUGUGUCUCCUGAAGACCGUGAGGAGGCCUGGGAGUGAAAUCCUGCUUCUGUCUCACACCCUGCGCCUGUCUGUCUGUCCGCCUCCUCAUUCUUCUCUCUAACAUUUCGGGAAAUUCACGGCUUUUUAUUUUCUUUCUUUUUAAGGGCGAAAAAGUUGUUUGGUUUGUUUUUUUCCCCGUCACUUCGGCAUAUCAAACUCUUUCUGCUCCGGCCAUGGCGGCGAGUGCGAAGCGAAAGCAGGAGGAGAAACACCUGAAGAUGCUCAGGGAAAUGACGAGUCUGGCCCCCAACCGAAAGUGCUUUGACUGCGACCAGCGCGGCCCGACCUACGCCAACAUGACCAACGGCUCCUUCGUCUGCACCUCCUGCUCCGGUAUCCUGCGAGGUCUGAACCCUCCCCACAGGGUGAAGUCCAUCUCCAUGACGACCUUCACGCAACAGGAAAUAGAAUUUCUACAGAAGCAUGGAAAUGAGGUGUGCAAACAGAUAUGGCUGGGCCUCUUCGACGACAGAAGCUCAACUGUGCCUGACUUCAGGGAGCCGCAGAAAGUCAAAGAGUUCCUCCAGGAAAAAUAUGAGAAGAAGCGAUGGUACGUUCCUCCAGACCAAGCCAAGGUUGUAGCCUCGGUCCAUGCCUCAAUGUCCGGCUCCUCAGCCAGCAGCACAAACAGCACUCCGGAAGUGCGGCCACUGAAAACCCUGCUGGGAGAUUCUGCACCUGCUCUGCACCUGAACAGAAACACGCCCAGUCAGUCCCCUGUAGUGUCACGUGUUCAGUUGAGCCAUCAGGACAGGAAGUUUGAUCUGCUCAGCGAUCUGGGCGGAGACAUCUUCGCCGCUCCGGCGUCACAAUCCUCGGGCAACUCCAGCUUCGCUAACUUUGCCAAUUUCAACAGCCAUCCAGCAGCACAGAAUGCUAACGCUAGCACAGACUUUGCGAAUUUCGAUGCAUUCGGGAGUUCUGCUGCUACCACCGCGCCGAGUGCUGCGUUUCCGUCUGCCCCACAAGCACCAUUUCAGCCUGCGCAAACAGGUGGCUCAGCAGGACUGGCCAAUGCCAACUUUGCCAACUUUGACAACUUCCCGAAGUCUUGCAGUGCUGACUUUGCUACGUACGGCUCCACCCAGGCCAAAUGCUCUGGAGGUGGGGCUAAGGCAGACGCAGGAGCCAUACCUGCUGACAGGUAUGCUGCGCUUGCUGACCUGGACAACAUCUUCAGUUCUACCAAAACCGAGCAAGGUUCAAGCUCAGCUCCUCCCUCUGCAGGUGUGGGUCCGCCCCCUCCUCAGGUAGCCAUGUUGGGAGGUGAUCGCUACGCUGCACUGGCUGCACUCGACACUGCCUUCGGCACCUCAGCCCCCAGUAGCAGCAGCUUUGUUCCUGCCACCAGUACUCAGGGGUCUGUCUUUGGAGUUCCUCCUGGAGGAUCUGCACCACAGCCCCAGCAGGCAGCGCUGCCCCAGGGUUUCGGAGGACCAUCAACGAAUCCCUUUGUAUCAUCUGGAAUACCACAAACUGCUCCACCGUCAAAUCCCUUUCAGGCCAACGGGAGGCCAGCAGCAGCCUCGUUUGGUCCCGGCUCUAUGAGCAUGCCAGCUGGCUUUAGUAAUGCGGCUGCCUACAACCUCCCCACAAGCUUCAGUGGAAACUUCCAGCAAGCCUUCCCUGGGCAGGGCUUCCCUCAGCAGCAGCCCUACACUCAGCAACCUAAUGGUGGAGGUUUUGCUGCGUUUGGUCAAGGAAAAGCUGCUGUAGCUCAGUUUGGACAGAACAUGGCAGCACCUGGAGUCACCAAUAACCCAUUUUUGCAACUACAAAUCACAACUACUUGGUAGUGAGCUUCAGCUUGGGGUUCGAAACCACGUAUACCGUUUUCAGGCAGGAGCACCAGUGGCCCAGUAUCCUGCAGGAAGUUCCUCCACAAACCCGUUCUUAUAGCACCCCACUCUGAACACCACCUGGCGGCGUGAGACUCUCGCUUGCACCUCUUGCACUGUUUUGUUGUUCCGAGUAGCUUUAAAGACAUGUUUCUAAAGACUUUUUUAUCAUGUUAGUACAAAGUACAAUGUUACACCUAACGCCGAUGUAACCCGGUGACGGCAGGCAAAAAUAAAACAAGGUAUCGGGGUGCCGACGGGAAGGGGCUCGUUUCCUUCUUUCCCUUUGCUGAAUCUGUGAAAUUUCCAGGCUGGAAAUACUCGUCCGUUUGAGCUAAGUUAUUUCAAAGUGUCCUGUGCAUUUUAAUGCUGCAGUCCUGUACAUUUUUCUCAGAAGGGGCAAAAGUUCAGCUCACGUGCAUCAUAUCAGUAUUUAUAUCUUUAAUCUCAUACAAUCCACAUGCACAAAACUUCAACUUGCUGUUUAUCAGAAAGAUGGAGGAGCUUGUCUGCUUUAUGCCCGUUCACCGAAAGGAGAGAGAGAGACUCUACCAAAGAAGAGCAUCUCUGCAAUUUUUUUUUUUUUUGGUUAAUUUUUUUUUCCAUCAUCUUCCUCCCGGCUGUAUGGAGUUUCAGACUGGCAUCGCUCCCAGACUCUCACCUGGACAGGUGCUAUACAGAGACUCCGAAACACAUACCACUUACGUCAAAUGUUACAUGAAUUUAAGUUAAUGUAUGGAUGUGUGUGUGUGUGUGUGUACACAUAUAUUAAAAUUAAUUUUAAUUAAGAAA